CCCAGUUUGCCUCUCUUUCUCCUCCCCCUGUCUGUUUCUUUUUCCCCUCUUCUUGUGUUUCUCUCCUGAGACGUCCUCUUUUUUUGAACACUACGACCAACUGGCCCUCCACCCCACGCAGACAGUACGUCGUGAGAGGAGCACAGAAGCCAUGUUUCCUCUUCGUGUACACCUGUUGGCAGUGCUUGUCAGCCUGGCGCUGUGCCAGUAUGAGGACUACGACUACAUUCCCAUGACCAUGCUGGGACCCUCCACUUCCAACUGCAACCGCGAGUGUGAAUGUCCCAUCAACUUUCCCACCGCCAUGUACUGUGACAGCCGCAAGCUCAAGUUUGUCCCAGACGUCCCAUCAGGUAUCAAGUAUCUCUACCUCCAGAACAACCAAAUCGAUGAGAUCAAGGCUGGCGUGUUUGACAACGUCACCGCCGAGCUGCGCUGGCUAGUGCUGGACAACAACCAGAUCACCAACGGAAAGAUUGCAUCAGGUACGAUCGACAAACUGACCGCAUUGGAGAAACUCUUCUUCAGCCACAACCAGCUCACAGAGCCGGUUGUCCCUCCUUCCAAGGCCCUGGAUGAGCUGAAGCUAACACACAACAGGUUGAGCAAGUUCCCCUCCGGGCUGCUGAACGACAAAGAGAACCUGACCUCCAUCAACGUGCAGCACAACCAGCUCACAUCCGACGCCAUCGCCGGAGCGUUUAAAGGGUGCAAGAGGCUGCUGUCCCUCGAUGCGAGCUACAACAAGCUAAAGAAAUUUCCAGCCGGCGUGCCGGGUUCUCUGGAAAUUCUCUACGUUGACAACAACGACAUUGACAGCAUCGCAUCGGGAUACGUGAACAAGCUGACGGCUCUGAAGUACUUGAGGGUCUCCCACAACAAGCUGGUGGACUCCGGCAUCCCUGCCGGAGUAUUCAACGUGACGUCUCUGUUGGAGCUAGACCUGUCCUUCAAUAAGCUGCAGUCCAUCCCUGAGAUCAACGAGCAGCUGGAGCAACUUUACCUGCAGGCCAAUGAGAUCAGCAAGUUUGAGCUGUCAAGCUUCUGCAAGUACGUCAGCCCUGUCAACUAUUCCCAUCUGAAGCACCUGCGCCUGGAUGCCAACAACCUCACGCACCACAGCAUGCCUUCUGAAACUUCCAACUGCCUUCGUGUGGCCUCUGAAAUCAUGUUCGAAUAAGGACAUUGCCCUUCUUUAACUGUCUUUCUCCUCCGUUUAUGGACUCACUUGUUGAAAAAGGUCUCUCAACAAAUCAGAUAGUUCCAAAAAGUAGAAGUAUCAAAUUCAAUACAUUGCCAAUAUCCUAAUGAUACAGUAUGUAAAGAGAGAGCAUGAUAUGUUUUUUCCUUUUACGUUAAUGUUUUCUGCCAAACAGCUCAGGUUGCUAACCAGCUUACAACAAAUUGUAAGAUCUCAUUGAGUAGCACGAGCUGGUUAGCAACUUGGUCUACAACGGUAUAAACGUGUUGGAAUUUUGAUUAAUGAAAACACACACUUCAAACAUUCCAACUUGACAUGCUAGUGUGUCAAACAGAGACAAGGAGUAAACAACAAAGUUAGCACCUCCAACGUCUCGGCCGUAGUUUUAAUUUGUCGUCUGUCUUGUAUGUUCCGUGUCUAGCCUAUAUAGUGUAAUGUUUAAAUAAGCCAAUUGCUGUGCAAAGGGCCAGCAAGUGUAUAAUUCAUGAAUACAUUGUAAAAUAACUUUUCACUAUAUUGACUUAAUUCUUGAAAUUGCUUCUCAUAGAAAGUUAGCUUACUCGUCAAGCUAAACGGUCACGUACGUGUUUGUUUUUGUAUACGUUCCAUUACUUGCAUGAAUUCAAUGGUAUUAUUCUUUAAUAAUAAACUACAGCUUUUGCAUUU